AUGCGGGCUGCCUUGAAGCAUGGCCACAUCGUGCGCGAACGUGAAGGGAAAGCUCAAGUGAAAGAUGCUGAUGCUGAAGUGAAAGAUACUGCUUCUGAUGUGAAAGGUACUGGUGCUAAAGUGAAAGGGACUGAACGCUCGCAUCCAUGUCCGGAAUGGAAGCGCAAGGUGCAAUCCAUGACGUUGGAGGAAGUGAGGCAAGAGCACGCGAAGUGUGAGAAGAGGCUCCAAGAACACAAGGAAGAGAAGCACCAGCUUUUUGCGAAACUUAAGAAAGUGCUGGAAAAGGAAGACGCGGCGCGCCAUAGGGAACUCAACAGAAAGGCCUGCCAGAUGGCCGCGGUCCAGGCUGCUGCAGCGUGCACUCACGCUAACAUGAACAAGCCUGCCGUCAGCGCUGUGGGCCAAGUAGGCCAAGCUCAACCGUUCUACAAUCAGAGUUAUGCGCCCGUGCCGUACACCAUGAUAAACCCGCAGUCCAGUACUGCCGUGAUAACCGACUCGAGCUCCCUCUACUGGUCUCACACUUCGUCGCCAGCCCAGUCGCUGUACUCUCAGGCCGUCUAUUCGAGUUCCCAGUACACGUACUGGCCACAGGUCAAUGGAUAUGGUUCCACGUACGUCCAUUAUCCGCCAGUCGUACCUUCCGGAACACAGCAGGCUUCGUAUGGCUACGCGGCUCAAAACGUCUUUUGGGGCAGUGGCUCGGCCGGGCUGCCUAACAACAAUGCAGCCGCGCUUGCAUCGCCGUUCAACACUCAGCCCUCAACAAGCCGGAGUUAA